AUGUCUUAUUAUAUUAGAUCAAAGUUGACUCGUCCCUAAACAACUUCUAAUCACAAUAAACCAUUAGAUAAUAGUUCAAUCAGAGAGAGUAGAUUAAUGUAUUUUCAAUAUUGAUCUUUAGAAAAUAAUACACAACUCCUAAAAUGGGCAGAGAGAAGGAAAAUUUAUAUGAUGAGAAUAUAAAAUUGAAAUCUUAAUUGAAUGAAUAAACUUAAUAAUUACUUUAAGCAAAAUCUAAAAUAUAACAAUUAGAAGUAAGAAUGUCAUUUUUUAAAUUAGAGGGAGUUACAAAGAUUUGAAAACUUAAUUGAAGGUUCUAUUAAACCUGAAACAUCAUCAUAAAAAGUAUAAAUUGAAAAAUAUGGUUUAAUUAUGAAAAUGAAAACCAAAUAGAAAUAAUUGAUUUUAGAGUUAUAGAGUAAAAAUAAAGAAUUAAUUGAAUUAAAGAGAACUAUGAGAUUUACAAAUUAUUAAGAAUUAGAAGUAAAUAUCUUUAUUAUAAAUUAGAUAGAAUUACAAAAUUAUAUAGAUGAAACUAUUAGAUUAAGAUAAAAAUUAGAAUAUAAUGAAUAAAUGAUAGCUAUUUAAUCAUCAGCAGAGCCUUUAGAAAAGUAAAUUCUACAUCUAGAAAAGAUAGUCAAAAUAUUAUAAAGGGACAAUCAAGAAUUAAAUUAAAAGUAGUUAAAUAAUGAUAUUAUAACUUCUAAAUUACAAGUAUUUAAUUGGAAUAAUUAAAGAUUUAAUUGGAAGAAAGUUUAAAAUAGAAUGAGAAAUAAUUGAAUGAAAUCAUAAGUUAUGAAAAAAUUAUUAAAGAUUUGAAUGAAUAUAAUAAAUAAUGCAAUGAUCUCAUAUCCUAAUUAUAAGUCUAAAAUAAGGUUUAGAUAUAAAGUCAAUAAAAUACAACAUCUGAUGAAUUAUUUAAGAUUCAAUCUUAAUUAGAAUAAUUGUAGAAUAAAUAUUCAUUAGAAAUGGAGUAUCUAAAUUAAAAUAAUUAAAUAGUACUAAAAUUUAAGAAAUUAGAUCAUUAAAAACUGAAAUUUAAAGACUGAAUUUACAUAUUUAAGAAAUGGAAAAGCUUAUCGAAAAUUAAGAAGAUAAGAUUCGAGAAAUCGAAUUUUCAAUUUACUCUCCUGUCUCUCGAGUAGGUUAAAUCGAACCUCCUUUAUAGAAUGGAUUUUAAAUUAUGAAGAUAGAAAUGAAAUCUUAGAUUAUGAAGAAAAAGUUGCCUAAAGUUCAAUUCUCAGAUAUUAGAGAAAUUUGUAUGAAAGUUAGAUUGAAUCUUUUCAAAAAUAGAGUACAAUAUUAAGAUAUUGACAAAUAUUUUAAUGAAUCAGAAGAAUUGAGUAUUCAUUAAGUGAAAAAUAUUUUACAUAAGUAGAUAUUUUAAUCUAAAAAGACCUCCCUUUGAGAUUCAUGAUCAUGAAUAAAUUAAAUUGUUAAGUAGAUAUUUAAUAGAAGAUAAUGCUGAAGAUUAUGUAAUGUAUGAUUAGGAUAGAACAAAUUAAACAGCCAUAAUAAACUCAGUUAUGAAAAAGAUAGUUGGAAAGUAUGAAAUAUUGUCUAGUGAAGAAGAACAAUCAAUCUUAUAAUCUAUUUAAUAAGUGAAUUAUUAUAUUUAUAAUAGAAAUUGAACCCUUCUUUAAUAGAAACUAUAUAAAUGAUGUUAACAAAAAAGAAAAAUCUAUUACCAGGAACAUGUGAAUAGUGUGAUUUAGAUUAAGCACUUAAAUUCCAUGAAAUUCAAUUUAGUCAUAGAGAAUAAGAGAGAUUCAAUUUAAUUUGUUUUGAAGUUUCAAAUUCUUUAGAUAUCAUAAAUUAUGAAAGAUUACUAGCUUAUUUUAAAUGA